AUGCUCUGGGUGAUGAUAAUCGUAUGGCUUGCGCAGGGGCAGCCAAAGUACGCCUCUAUGGCCGGCCGGCAGCGGAUCGCGUACAUCUCCGACAUCGGCGCGGACGUGCUGAAGCCGCUGUUCGUGACCGGGAGUUCGCUGACGGGGAUAUUCUUCUUCGCGUCGUUGCUCUCGAUGCGGCGCAACCACGCGCUGAUCCGGCGGCUGGAGCGGACACUCGACAUGCUCUCGCUGCUCGCGGGGCUGCUCGGCGCAGUCUGUCUCAUCCUCCUCGCGGUCUUCGAUACUCAGAGACAUCCUAGCCUUCAUAGGUUGUUCCUCUUCCUAUUUAUGCUCGGUGUCGUCCUCAGCGCCCUGUUCACGACGAUUGAGUAUAGACGCCUGGGAAGGACGUUUACACAGCACCCGAUGCUGGGCCGCAGCUAUAGGUUCAAGCAGGGCAUCGUCAUUGUCGAGGUCGCGCUCAGCGUUGCGUUCGGCGUCACGAUGUAUAGGAAGCUUCAUGAUACCGCCGCCAUUCUCGAGUGGUUAAUCGCGUUCGUCUUCACGUUCUACGUCCUCUCGUUCUUUUUCGACUUGCGGCCGACGGCUCGGACGAAGGAGGAGGUGCGGCACGACAUGCGGGAGGCGCGCCACGACAUACAGCAGGCUCAAGCGACGAGCGGUAGCAGUGAGAACGGACUUACCUCCGCGUCAAGAGUUUAG